AUGGAAACUAUCCCAGCUUAUCAAGAAAAUAGUUUGAUAAAUGGGAUAAAGAUCUUUCAUAGGCUAUUUUGGGCUUUCGUUUCGUGCAUAUAUGCGUUUAAAUUCUGCAAACCGAUAGUACAAGUUGAUGGGACUUGGUUGUACGGUAAGUACAAGAAAACUCUAUUGGUAGCAGUUGCACAAGAUGGGGACGACAAUGUAAUUCCUAUUGCUUAUGCUCUUGUAGAAGGUGAGACAAAAGAAGAUUGGAGUUUCUUUUUGAGAAAUUUGAGAAAAUACGUCACUCCACAAUCCAACAUUUGUAUGAUUUCAGAUAGACACGAAUCGAUUAAGAGUGCUUACAACGAUCCGAAUAAUGGGUGGCAAGAUCCUCCGUCAAAGCAUAUGUUAUGCGUCCGACAUAUUUCACAAAAUUUUACAAGGGAAUUUAAGGACAAUGCUUUAAAGAAAAAAGUUGUUUCUAUGGGUUACUCGAUCAAUGAUCCUACAUAUCGAUACUACCAUAGAGAAAUUGGCAUAGUAAACCUGGAGGCUUUGAAAUGGUUAGACAACAUACCUCAACAAGAUUGGAAUCAAGCAUUCGAUGGAGGUAGUCGUUGGGGUCAGAUGACAACCAACCUUGUGGAGUCGAUUAAUAGAGUAUUAAAAGGCACACACAACUUUCCCAUCACUGCUUUGGUCCAAUCAACUUAUUUUAAAACAGGGACACUGUUUCCAACCAUGGGAAAACGACACACGUCAAUUUUAGCUUCUAGUCAAGUAUACACAAAAACUUGCAUAAAAUUUAUGAAAUUGGAAAUAAGUAAAUCCAAUUGUCAUAGAGUUGAUAGUUUUGAUCGGAGCAACCAUACUUUCAUGGUCCACGAGACAGUAGUUCCAAGGGAAGGACGGCCAAUUGGUCACUUCAGUGUAAACCUUCCUAACAAGUGGUGUGAUUGUGGAAAAUAUCAAGCUAAACAUAUGCAUUGUUCACAUGUCAUAGCAACAUGUUUAGCAUAA